CUGAAAUUUCCUAUGACGCAUACGCAUUGCAAUUACCGUGCGCUCUGCCUCUCCGACAGGUGCGACGCUAGAAGUCCUAAAUGCAUUUUGAUGAGCUAGUGGCGCCACUAAAAGUUUCGAGAGAUAGCUUCGGGCUUUAGCACGCGGUGUACCGCACACGUUGAGUCAUGCGCACGAAGCGCGUGCAUCCAUCUUUCGGGCCGGCGGACGAGAGCGCCUGUACAGCGGCAUCUGACCGCACGUCCUUGCUCUUCGGAUCUUCGCAAUUUCGAAGGCGAUUUGAUCCCGGUCUCCGAAGAGGGCGUUGGAUAUCCUUGUUCACUGCCGUCGACAAUGACAUAGCGUUGGUCAAUAGUGGCUCGAGCGACAUCGCCUUGCCCUACUCCAACGUUAGUGGAUCCACUCCAGAGAUGGGCAUUGGCGUGGGCAGUGGCUAUUAUGAUUUAGCUAGGCUGUUAGGCUGGGAGCCUGAGGUAUGUCAAGCGCUCGGAGGCUCCAAAGUAUUGGAUCAGCCCAAUUUUCUAGUGGCGUGUCGCAUGACGAUGUCUUUGCUGUGCGCAAAGCUAUUGGUAUUCUGCCACUUUGUGAUGUGGAUAAACCUCAACGUUGUCAAGUGGGAGAAAGUACUUAACGCCACUGACGAGGGGGAUCGCUAUCAAAAAGAUGAAACACAGGACAUUAUUCUCGAGAAUUGCUGCGAGAAACCGUGGGCGGCCGUAAAGUCGUUCAAAUAA